AUGGAGGCUCGCAGGCAAGCAGUGUCCCGAGCCAGUUGCUCGUUUUACACCACACUCACAACUCUCUUCGUCCUGCUAUGGAUUGUUGCAUACGGAGCGAGAUAUGGAGUUCCAUCGGUACGAAAUCUCAAGAGCACCAUCGCCAGCUACAACAUCUACACGCCUCUGGGAUCGUCACCGUCUCACGUGGUGCCGGCCGCGCUGAACUCGGUCGACGACCUGAUCGCAGCGAUCCAAAAAGCAGCUGCAGCUGCCGCGGGAGGCAGAGCAUUGGCUGAGGAGGCGGCGGCUCUGGGCAAGAGGGAGCGGGCGGAAUGGCACAACAACAAUCCGUGCAGAAGCCGAUCGGAGCUCCAGGGAAUGUACGAUCGCAGGAAAUUCGCCCGAGAUGUCAGUCCCAACUCUCGAUGGGAAACGGUAAUGGACGAGUACGCGAAGCUGCACAGAACUUGCUUGCGCCUGGUGAGGAACUCGACCGAGUAUUUCCUCAACCGAAGCUCGAGCACCGGCUGCAAAUUCGUGAUCCUCGACACUCCUAAGGUCGGGCUCGGCAACAAGCUCUUGCUCAAAGCAUCGGUGCUCCUCUUCGCCGUCCUGACGCAGCGAGUGCUCCUCAUUCCUUCCGACAAUCAGAAUGGCCUGGAGCAGCUCUGCGAGCCUUUCGUCGGCUCGUCAUGGAAGCUGGAGAAGGACUCCGCCAUCCAAAAUUACGCCCACCUGUGGCAGUCGACCGGCGCUUUUCAGAAGUGGGUGGAUCGGAACGAAAUCAGGAGCGAACGCAGUCCCAGGACGCCGGAUCAAUUUUUUGCCGCCAACCUCAUCGAUCCAUACCAGCCCAUGGUAAGGUUCUACUGCAAUACAGAGCAGGCGUAUUUGAGCAAAGUGACCUGGAUUUCCAUCGGAGGCUGCGUCUACUUUCUACCCAAGCUGUUCGCCAUCCCUGCAUUCCGCCCUGCGCUCGAGCAGCUCUUUCCAGAUCGCAUGGUCCUGACGCACAUUAUGCGUUCAAUGCUGCUCCCGGCAGACCACGUGUGGGAGAGGAUUCGCAAUGUCGAGGACGUGUAUCUGGACACCAGCCACAAGAGGGUGGGCGUGCAGCUGCGCUUCUUCGGAUUGCAGUCGCAGUACAAGCAUAAGAACGACAUCGUGAACGAGCACGUCUUGCAGUGCGGCAACGAGAACGGAUUCCUGCCCAGGGUUUUGCCUCCGCGGGUGUCGUCGUCGCGGUACCCGCAAAAUGCAGAGAAGCCGAGGAACAUCACCAAGGUUCUCAUCGCGUCUCUGUUCCCGGGGCUGCACGACUAUCUGAGCCCAAUCUAUCUUCAGCAGAUGACGGAGACAGGGGAGGGAGUGGGCGUGGUGCAGUUGACGAGCGAGAACGAGCAGCAUUUCGGCUCCGAGGUGGACGUCCAGGCCUUUGUGGAGAUCAUGUGCUUAAGUUUCUCGGAUUUUCUGGUUGUCACUCCUUGGUCGACAUUCGGAGGAGUGGCCCAAGCGUAUGGAGCUUUGAAGCCGUGGUUCGUCAAUUAUGACAGCGACGGGCCUGCCUGUGACAGGGCGCAGACUGUGGAUGUGUGUUUCGAUCAAGCCAGAGAUGACUUUCUGUGUCCGCACGACCCAGAGCUCCAUGGCAAGAGUCUGCUCAGCCACGUGCCCUACAUCAAGAGGUGUCUCAGAAACGAUGCCGAUGGAGUGCAGCUGAUCACCGAUCACGAGAGCAACGCCCCUCUCAUUCCGACGAAAUAG